UCGUUUAGUCUCCCCUUUAUUAAUCUUUCUCAUGCAGUUUGAUUAUGCACGAUGAUACAAUUUAUUACUCAAGUACAAAGUACUGCAAUAGUCAAUCCACCAUCUGGUUCCUCAUCAGCCCCAAGAAUGGUCGCGUUCCUUUGAGUGGCUGCCACGCAUCCAAAUAUUGCAAAUCGUGAAAAUAAACCUCAUGACCCUUAAUUGGUAACACGACAGUCGUAAGGAAGAAAAGUUAGAUAUAUUGGAGAAGGUCUAUCCCUUCAUUUUGGAUUUUCUUUCGAGGUUAUUCCUAUACAACUUUUAUCAGAUUCAACAAUUUUAUUGUGAUAUCUAUCCGUCUUAUCAUCGAAGAUCAAUCUUAUACUAUACAUCGCUACCAAGAAACCUAAAAACCAAUCACACAUCAUCCCUUCUAUAAUUUAGCCUCCAAACUCUCAUCCUACCUUUCAUCCAUCCAAUCCGAAUCGUCGUUCAACCUUGCACUCUACUUUAAUCAAGGAACGACAAAAUGGAUUAUGCUCCAAUAGCUCUUCAAGCAACUGAUGUUUUAGUCGACAAACAUUUUCAUAGAAUCCCUGAUAAAGCAUUUAGGAAAGAAACCUAUAAACCACGUAUUCCCUUUAAAAAUAGUAGAAGGAGACGUAGGGAAGAGGAGGAACGAAGAAAUUCUCGUGAUCAAGGACAAUAUCAAGACGAACGAAGAAAUUCAAGAGAUUCCAGAAAUCAAGAAGAUAGGGAUAGUGGAGUUCAAAGACAAGAAGAACCAUACCGGGAUCCGGAAAUCGAAGAAGCGGGCUACGGUUCCGAACCUGAUUAUACAUCUCGACAACGUGAAAGAAAUAUGCGAGAUAGGGAUUGGGAUUCAAGAGAGAAGGAUAGAGAUUUCAGAGAUAUACCAAGACAUAGUGGUGCAGGUGUAGGUGGAGGAACAGGUUAUGGGUAUGGAAAUUCUUACGAAGAAUCUAAUCACUCCAAUACUUCACCACAUCCAAUUUAUAGUCAACAGCCACCACGUUUACGACCUGAAUACCUUCCCAAAUACGCGGCUCCUUCAAAAUUAGGAUCCGAUAAUCGCUAUCCAUAUUACUUUCCUCCACCACACAUAUCAUCAUUCUCAGAUUCAUUUGGUAGAGAUGAAGGAGAAAGGGAUUAUGAAUAUGAUUCCGAUGAACGAUAUGCCCAAGAAAGAACACGAAGACCCAAACCCAUCCAAAGACGUAGUUCCUACGACGAUAUCCACAAUCAACGAAACGCCCCCUCAAACACAGACCAAAGACUCAGCAAACGAGAUACACAACGUAGACCCCGCUCAUCACACAGUACUCAAGCUUCAGCUUCAGCAUCUCACCAAUCCAAAGAAUCCCACAUGGAAAAUAUAAAAGAUCGCGCAGAUCGGUACGGAGUGAAAAGUGAAGCGAAAGGUCUAUUUACGGAUUCAUCGAAGGGAUUAGCGGGUGGUGCGAUUGGUUGGGGUGGGGCGGAGGCAGGAGGAAGAAAGGAGGGAUAAAAGAUGGGGUGGAAUGGAAGGAUUUGGAGGGGGAGGGGGGGAAGGGGGGAGAGGAGGAGGAAGGAGGAGAGAUAGGAAGGGGAAGAGAUAGGUCAGGGAUAGGGAAGAAAGCUGGUAGAACACAUCAUACGAUGAGAAGAUUAGAAUGGUCGAUACGAGUUAUGAUGGGAAGAAUGAUGUGUAUUGGUAUUAUUGAUAUUAUUGAGGUAUACCGAUUAGGAUGGAUGAUGAUUAAGUUUGAUAGUAUGAGCUUUUUGUAUACAAGUAUUGAAUGAUUUACGAUGAUG